CCGAAUGGUUGAUGCUCUGGAGCUGGACAAGGCCAUCUACCGAAUUGGUACCUCCAAGAUCUUCUUCAAAGCCGGGGUACUCGCCGAAUUGGAGGAACGAAGGGAUGCGCUAUUGUUCGAUGUCUUCUCCAGGCUCCAGGCUGUUGCUCGCAUGUGGACAGCUAGGAGACAGAUGAAGAAGGUCCUAAACAGGGCUAUAGCGACCCGUACGAUUCAGCGCAAUGCCCGGCAGUAUGCAGAGUUACGAGAAUGGCCAUGGUGGCAGCUUUACACGAAGGUUCGACCCCUUCUCGCGGCCACUCGGAACGACGAAGAACUCAGAAAGAAGGAACUUGAGCUAGUUCUUGCCCGCGAGCGCGCCGAACGGGAUCAGAAAGAGCGCGAGGCCCUCGAGAAUCUUAAGAUGCGUUUAGAAGCCGAGAAGCGGAAGGUCGAAGAAGACCUGGAGGCCGAGCGUGUCCUCGGUGUUGACAAGGAUGCUCUGCUUGAGCGCAGCAAGAAACGUGAAGGCGAACUAGAGGAAGAGGUGGCUGCUCUGCAAGCCGACUUGGACGUGCUGGACUCGCAACUAGAUCGUGCGCUCAAAAUCCAGAAAGAGAGCGAGGAGAAGCACGAGGCUCUUCGACAGGCAUUCGAUCAAGCUGCCGAACAUCUCGUUCGCAUGGAGAGCGAGCAGCAGGAAUGGGCUGAACGCGAGGCCGAACUUGCUGAACACCUGAAUCAUGCCCAAAGUGAAGCCGACGCGUUGCGGGCGGAGCGGGACGAGCUGCAGAAGGUAGAAGAAGAGCUCCGCAAUAUUGUCCUCCAGCGAGAAGAAGACCUAGCCCGUGCAAAAGAGCGCAUGGAACUCACGAUAGCUGACCUCGGGAAGAAGUUAGAAAACGAAACUCGCUCUAGGGACACUAUCAAGGAUGCGUCCGAGAAGCUCGAACAUGAUGCACGGCAGGCGAAAGAGCAGCUCUCCGAGAUGGCCCGUACUGCCACCGAGUAUUCUACCAUGAUCCAGAAGAAGGAGGCGGACAUUGAGCGACUCAAUGCCAACCUCGAUAAACUGAAAGCGGAGCGCGAUCGUUCACAAAAGGAUGUCAUCGAGCUACACGGCCACAUUGAAACUAUCGCUGCUGAACUCGAAGCCGAGAAGGCUGACCGCCAGCGAGAUUCCACCGUCCGUGGUAAAUUACAAGAGGAGCUUGAU